GACGACAUGAGCACCACCCAGUCUGGCACCGGGACGUCGUCCACUUGCCAGUUUAUACAUAACAAAUCAAAUGUGACCCCAUAAUUAAAGAAUUGAUAGAGUUUAACCAGGCACAGAUUCUGCCAAUGAAGUGAGACACCACAGUCCUGUAUUCGUCUUCGGUAAACCCUCAGCUUCUAUCAGAAAAUUGGAGAAUUCAGGAGAACAUUUACGAUGCUGUGACCGACCCAAAAAAAUCGUUAUUCUCUGAGAUCUUACAAUAUAACUGAGCCCUCGUUCUCGUUCAAAUGGCGGCCGCCUGCAUGGAUAAAUGUUAGAUGGCGAGCAUCUCCUCACGGAUAUCUCCAAUGGAUAUUGCGACGAAAUCCCAAAUGGCCCAGAGGAUAGGACGGCAGAGACAUCACGGGCCUGGAGGAUCCUCGUCGGUGGUCCUGUCCAGAGCCAGCUCCUUCCUCUGUUGGCUCACCCUGCUGUCGAUAAUGCGGUUGCCGAUGGUUACAGCCGACUGUUGGCUCAUCGAGGGGGAGAAGGGCUUUGUGUGGCUGGCUAUCUGCAGCAUGAACCAGCCGCCUUACGAGGCCAUUCCGUCCCACAUUAACAGCACCAUCGUGGAUCUGAGGCUGAAUGAGAACAAGAUAAGGUCUGUCCAUUAUUCGUCUCUCAGUCGCUUUGGCAACCUCACCUAUCUGAACCUCACCAAGAACGACAUCAGCUACGUGGAGGACGGAGCGUUCUCAGCACAGUUCAACCUGCAGGUUCUCCAGAUGGGUUUUAACAAGCUGAGGAACUUGACAGAGGGGAUGCUUCGAGGCCUCGGCAAGCUGCAGUAUCUCUACCUGCAAGCCAACCUCAUCGAGACUGUUACACCUAACACCUUCUGGGAGUGUCCCAACAUAGAGAACAUAGAUCUCUCCAUGAACAGGAUUCAGGUGUUGGACGGCAGCUUGUUCUCUACACUCUCUAAGCUGACGACCUGUGAACUCUACACCAACCCCUUCAACUGCUCUUGUGAGCUGCUGGGAUUCCUGCACUGGCUCUCCGCCUUCCCCAACAGGACCAGUGAGCGGAUGGUGUGCGACUCCCCGGUGGGCAUCUCCGGCUUCAACCUCCUGAGUCAGAACCCCCGCAUGCCAACCCAACGCACCGCUCUGCACAUGCUCAGCACCGUGUGCACGGACGACGGAAGUAGCGUGACACCUUUCUAUCCCAUCAGCGCGUUCGAUUCCACGACCCCGCCCCCGGAUUCUAACUCUCCCUGCGGUUUGGACGAUUGCUCUUCGGGGACGCCCCCUGAUGAGGUCAUCAGCUUGACGUAUCCCAUUUUUUCUGACACCAAUCCGCUCAUGGUGCUGAAGCAGGUGCUACAUUCAAGUGCUGUGAUCACCGUUCAGAUCCCCCAUCCGUACAGGAAAAUGUACAUCCUGGUGCUUUAUAACAACAGCUUCUUCACAGACAUCCAGACCCUGAAAAAUCAAAGAGAAGAUAUCGAGCUGAAGAACUUAAAACCUAACACCGACUACACAUACUGUGUGGCCUCCAUACGGAACUCUCUGCGCUUCAACCACACCUGUCUCACCAUCUCCACGGGCCGCAGGGCGGGUCCUGAGAGGAUAGCCAAUCAGUCCUCAGCCACUCACUACAUUAUGACUAUUUUGGGCUGCUUGUUUGGGAUGCUCCUCUUUCUUGGCGUCCUUGUCCACUGCCUGAGGAAGAGGAGAAUCAUGGAGGAGAAGGAGAGAAAGAUGAGCAGGAUCCAGAGGACGCUGAUAGAGCUCAAGUAUGGAGGAGAAGCGGAUAUAGAGGGAGGGAAUGGAGGAUCUGUUUCCCAGAAGAUCGCUGCCGGGGACAGCCUGUCCAGAAUGCCCUACCUGCCUCAAGGUGGUGAGAUAGAUCCCUACAAGCUGCAGGAGGUGAUAGAAACACCGGCACACAAGCCUGCGAAACUCAACUACAUGGAGGUCAGAGGUUCCGGCAUCGAGAGGGAGCGAGAACGAGAGAGAGAGAGGGAGAUGUCGCCGCAAGCAAAUCCCCAGGGCUCUGUCGCAGAGAUCUCAACUAUCGCUAAAGAAGUUGAUAAAGUCAACCAGAUCAUCAACAACUGUAUAGAUGCUCUCAAAUCCGAGUCGACCUCCUUUCAACAGGGGAUGAAAUCUCCCUCUUCUGCAGGUGGAGGAGCUGUUUCAACUGCAGAGCCGAAGCUGGUGCUUCUCUCUGAGCAAGGGGAGAGAGGAGAAAGAAGUGGUGAGUUCCUCUCCCCCGUGUAUAAAGGUGGGAGAGGAGGAAGGGAAGAGAGGGGGAGAAGCUACCAUCAUUCAUUGCAGCGACACCACAGCAUGGAGGCUCCUCCGACCUCCAAGAGGCCCAGCACCUCCUCGUCCCCUGGCUCCGCCCGCAGCCCUCGCUCCUUCCGCUCAGAGGGAGGUUACCACUCAUCAGAGACCCGCUACAUUGAGAGGACCUCACCAGGGGAGAGAGGGGAGAGAGGAGAAAGGGGAGGUGGGGGAGGAGAUGCCAUCCGCACAGUCAACCCGGCAGCAGCCAUCCUUCGAGCAGAAGCCCAGAGAAUCCGCCAGUACAACGAACACCGCCACUCCUACCCAGGCUCCCAGCAGCACCUGCAGGAGCUGCAGCACCACCCUCAGAUGUUGCAGGAGCUCCACCAUCACCCCGGGGGCCGCAAGCCCUCUGUGUUAGACCCCCUCACCCUCAGCAGGCAGGCCAAGCAGCGCGAGCUUGUCUACUCCCAGCUCUCGCCUCACUACCCGCUCUCCCCCCAGUACCACAACCUUAGCUACUGCUCCAGCCCAGAGGAAGAUGAGGAGGAGGAAGGGCUCCUGUGCACCCCGACCCUGGGCUUGUGGGAGAGGUUCAAACUGCACCGUAAGAGGCACCGGCAGGCAUCCAUGGAGGACGAGGGAUACGUGGCAGCAGGACAUGCACUGAGGCGGAAGGUUCAGUUUGCCAAGGAUGAGGAUCUUCAUGACAUACUGGACUACUGGAAGGGCGUGUCCGCCCAGCAGAAGGCCUGAUCCCACCCCUGGAGACCCCAUACACUUGGAAGAUGGAGACAUAACACUGCACCCAUAAGAUGAUGAUGCAGAUACACAGAUUAUACAGCAAAGACCUGUAAAUACACACAAACACACACAACUUACAGGACCAACAGAAUUAAACUGCACACACAACACUUACUCACACUUU